CGCGUCGCCUUGCGCCCCGAUCGCGGCGAUAUAUUCGCUCGGCGAGGUUUCGCGCGUGCACGCCGCUGAAACCACCGUACCUGGGCCCGGUGUUCGAAAUAAAACAGAGCCAGGAUCUUGCACGCCGGUCUGAACAUGAGCAUCGAGGGUAAGAUCACGAUCGUGACCGGCGGCGCGAACGGGAUCGGUUUCUGCACGGCGCGCAAGCUGCUGCGCAACGGCGCCAAGGCCGUCGCGUUGCUGGACCUCAACGACUCCGGGGGCGAGAGCGCAGCCGCGGAUCUGAACAACGAGUUCGGCGAGGACCGCGCCAUCUUUGUCGCCUGCGACGUCGCCAAAAGCGAAGAACUUAAAGAAUCGUUCAAGAAAGUUAUUGACACGUACGAGACCCUGGACAUUCUCGUAAACAUCGCAGGCAUCAUGGACGACGCGGAUUGGGAAAUUAUGGUCGACGUCAACUACAAAGGCAUCGUUCACGGGACAAUAUUGGGACUGCACACUAUGGGGAAGUAUAAGGGUGGCAAUGGCGGCACCAUAGUGAAUAUGUCCUCUGUAGCUGGCCUCGACGGCAUCCCUAUAGCGCCGAUUUAUGGCGGCACCCAAUACGCCAUUGUUGGGUUCACUCAGUCGUUGAAGCACUAUUACGAGAAAACUGGCAUUCGUAUGAUGACGAUAUGCCCUGGACUAACAACCACAGCAAUGGCUGCUAGAUUUAUGUCCACCAAGGAACACGCCAUGGAUCUUCUAGACGAAGAAACUGCGGCUAUGGCAAUGGCUGGGAUGCAGAAACAACCACCGGAACACGUAGCCAGCGCCAUUAUCCAAUUAAUCGAGGAAGGGAAGAACGGAGCGAUUAUGGUGGUCGAAAAUAACCAACCCCCAUUCGGGGUGGAAAUUCCUAAUUAUACGACUCUACAAGUCCCUAUAUAAACAUUAAUAUCACUAGAGAAAGAAAUCUGGUUAAAGGAAUAUUAUCGACUAGCUACUAAUUUAAUUCAUUAUUGAUCCAAUA